GAGUGCACCCGGGCGUAGGUGCUGAUUUGUUGUGGUGUUAUUAUCAAAUAUACAGAUACAUGUGGUUCUGAAUGACACACCCCUAUCUUUGUAUAAGACGCAUAUUUAUAUAAAUACAUUUAUUGGUACUAUCUGAAAAUGUGCAAACAAAAGCUUACUGAAAAUGUAGACAAAAAUGAACAAUUUCAGACUUCUAUCCACAUUUAACAGGAACCACCGACGAAUCAACUCAAAAUGUCUGAUAAAACUGUCAAGUUGAUGAAUCCUCAUUUGGAAACCGCACGAUCGGAUUAUUUGUACCACCUGGACAUCAAUGUGGCCAAUACCCGGGACACCAGUGAGUUGCAGAACAGGUUCGGCGAUGUUAGGGUCAUCUGCAUGGGUGGAACGGGAUCCAGAAUGCGGCAGUUAGCCCUGCACCUACGACAUGUUCUGGUAGUGCCGGAGUCCGGCGAUCCGGUGGAUUUGUGCGAGCGUGGCAACCGAUAUGCCAUGUACAAGGUGGGUCCGGUGCUGUGCGUGAGCCACGGCAUUGGAUCCUCCUCCUUCAGUGUCGUGCUCCACGAGCUGAUCAAGCUCCUCAAAUACGCGCGGUGCCAGGAUCCCGUCCUGCUUCGGAUUGGCACCUGCGGAGGACUUGGCGUGCCUCCCGGCACAGUGGUGGCCACCAAAAAUGCCUUCAAUGGUCUGCUACGCAACGAACAUGAGAUCGCAAUUCUCGGACAGCGAGUGGUGCGACCGGCUCAGUUUUCCGAAGACGUGAUCAGGGAUAUAAUUGCAUUCGGUGUCGACGCCAACGAUGGAUUUCAGACCAUAAGUGCCAACACGAUGGGAACAGAUUGCUUUUACGAAGGUCAAGGUCGCACCGAUGGAGCCAUAUGCGAGUACUCGGAGAAGGAUAAGAUGGAGUUCUUGCAGAAGUGCCACGAUCUGGGAAUUCGGAACAUCGAGAUGGAGGCCAGCAUGUUCGCCUCCGUCACCCAAAAAGUGGGAGUCAAAGCGGGCGAUGUUUGCGUGACCCUGAUCGAUCGCCUAAAGGGAGAUCAGGUUACUAUCACUAUUGACCAGAAGCACGAAUUCGAGCAGCGCCCCUUUUUCGUCGUGGGUCGCUACAUUAAGAGGUUGCUGCAGCAGUGAAUCCUUAAGAAUAAUACAUCUUCUUUAAAGCAUUUUAUAUUGGUUUACAAUAAAACUGCAUGCUGCACUUUUCUCUGUGCCAUUCCAACUAACCAA